CGGUCCGUCCAAUAUUGUCUUCCCUUGUCGGGUUUAGCGUGAAACACCUACAGAACUAAAACCACUCCCGAGUAAUCAGAAACGUGAACACGUGUUUACAGAAAACCCCUUAUAGAAAUAGUAGGUGGUAAAGUAUCGUCCUUCAACGUGAACUAAAGAAAAAAUAAAGUAACAAGUUCGCAAUGGACACAGAGGACAGUAAAGCUCUUUUUUGUGUGACUGACGGGGACAUUGAAAAGUGGAUGAACCGCGCUUUUGACAUGGCUAACGAUGCCCUGAACAACGGAGAAGUUCCAGUUGGAUGUUUGAUGGUCUACAAGGAUGAGGUGGUGGGGAGGGGAAGGAACGAGGUCAACAAGACCAAAAACGCAACUCGCCAUGCAGAAAUGGUGGCCUUGGACCAGGUCCUGAACUGGUGUGGUCAAAACAAUCUGGACGUGAGAAGCGUGUGUGAACAGACGGUGUUGUACGUCACUGUGGAGCCAUGCAUCAUGUGUGCUGCUGCUCUACGUCUCACGAACUUUCCCGUGGUGGUUUACGGCUGCAAGAAUGAGCGCUUUGGCGGUUGCGGAUCAGUCCUGGAUAUCUCUUCUGCAGACCUGCCUCACACUGGAACAUCCUUCAGGUGUGUUUCAGGCCACAGAGCAGAAGAAGCUGUGGAGAUGUUAAAGAUGUUUUAUAAGCAAGAGAACCCAAAUGCCCCCAAACCCAAAACCAGAAAAGAGUGAGCCGGAUUAGUAGUUUAAAUGUUUGUACACUAUUUUAUGUUUUGUCGUGAUUUCUAAUAAAAAUAAUAACCUUUAAUCUAUUUUAUGAUUAAAGGAAUUCUUAUUGUUAUGACAUCACAGACAAUGAUGAGUCUUGAGUACAGAGAGGAGGUAGAACAUCUGGUGGAUUGGUGCAAAAGCAACAACCUUUGCAUCAUGUAAAAAAAGACCAAGGUGAUGGUGGUGGACUUCAGGAAAGAUGGGCACCCACAUUUAUCCUGCACACCUGAAAAGCAGAUGAGGAAGUGGUCUCCAGCUUCAGGUAUCUCGGGGUUUCUCUAUCCAGAGACCUUACCUGGAGCCACGACAGUUCCUGCCUGCCCAAGAAGGCACAUCAGCGUCUUUUACUUCUUCGGUAAGCUGAAUCGUGCGGCACUUGGGAGCUCCAUUCUUAGGGGCUUCUGGAGAUGUGUGGUAGAGAGCACCUUCGGCACCAUAACGGUGUUGCACAGCAGCUGUACGGCCGAAGAGAAGGAGACACUGCAUAGGGUGGUGAAAGCUGCUCAGAGGAGCGUUCCACCACUUCUGACUUCUUCAUCGGCAGAUGCAGAAAGAGUGCUCUGAGCAAGGAGGAUUUCACCCACCCUGCACAUCCUCUCUUUGAGCCCCUUCACUCAGGCAAGAGGCUGUAGAGCAUCCAGAGUAGGACCACAAGACUGAGGAACAUAUUCUGAAAGCUGUUAAGAAGUUUGAACUCUGAUGAUGUGGAUCGCAGUCUCCACAAAUAAUAUUUAUCUUGUACUAAUGUGCUGAAUUCAGAUUUUAUUUGGAUUGAAUCGCCGCCUUUUUUUUUUUUUUUUACAUAUAUUUCCACUAUCGAAUCACACUUUAUUGUAGUUUUCGAUUAUUCUAUUUGUAAUAUAUUCAUAUUAACCUAUGUCAUUUACAACCUACUCUAAUUAAAUUAUAUUCUAUUCAAAUGUUGUACAUACUAUUGUUCAUGUGGUGCUUUUUGGUUUAGAUCUUGGAUUACCAUCCAUCCAUUUCUACCGCUUGUCCCUUAGACUUCCGGUAAUAUAUUCCAUGACAUCUGAUAUGUGUCACCUGUGACAGAGUUCCAUGAAUCAUUUUGUGGUUAAAUAAGGGCUCCAAUAACUAAUUGUACAAAAACAAAAUGACGACUACAAUAAGUGUGUGCAUGCGGCGGAAUAAUUUGUAUUUGUGUGUUGUUGCACUGAGGAAGGACACCACUUUUAUUAUUUUUGGUAAAUGUCUCUCAAGUUUGAGGUGAAGUCUCCUCAAGGUAGCGCAUUGAGGGAAAGUCCUAUUAGAGAUGAUAAAAUGCUGAGAAAGUGUAUAAAUCAACAUUGGUUUCAUGCUUGCUCAAACGCUGUGACCAUCAUUAAGGAUAAAGAUGGUGUCAUUGAACCUCCUUUUCGUGUAGACUUCUAAGGAGCUGCAUGACAGCAUUUUCUCUAUUAAAAAUGCGAUUCCUUCCAAUUAGAGUAAUUUGAUGGCAAUAUGAAGCAUUAGUCUGGACAGUUUUGUUUACUUAGUUCUUGAACAUAUUGUUGCACAUUUGGACACACAUAAUGUGAAUCUCCUUUCAGCUCAUUAUGCUUAGUGCUGAGCAGACUACUUGAGUGUUUCAAUGUGUCAAUUCAGCGGAGGAGAGGACAUGCUAAUGAACACACAAGGUGAAAACGCUAAUGAAGAAUGUAUUUGAUUGAGGAAUAAGUGUAAUGUAAAGUUAUCACAUUGUGAGAGAACUUCAAAAUAAAGCAGAGUUAAGACACGAAGGUGGUAGUUUGUCUGAAAAUAAAGAAGGAUCCAAAGAUGACAACAUACUUCACCUUGACUGAAAACAACUUAGUUUAUUGAUCAGAGAAUUGAUGUUGACCUGUUUUGACCCAAUAAAUAUUGUUUAUUUGCAGAGUU